CCCCGAGACGAGGCGGGGUCAAGCCUGGAAGACCGCGACUAGGGGCUCGCUGGUCUGGGCUAGGAGGGCCCCGCCCAUCUGGGGGCGGACCAGAUCUUGGCCCUUGGGCGGGGCGGAUCUAACAUCCACUCAAUUGCGGGGGCAGGACUUCUGCGGCUGAAGGGGCAUAGCUUAUCUUUCGCGGAGAGUUAAAAGAUCCUAAAUCACGCUCUUUGCUGGGUUUGGUUCCGGCAUCCUGGCUUUUGGGGCCCGAGUGUGGGGCAGGUGGGAUUCCACUGAAUCCUUUUUGGAGGGGCGGCGCGAGUGGACCCCGACUACCUCUAGCCACAGAAUCCGAUAUUGAAGCUACGCCCCUCCUAAGAAGUCGGACUUAGGCUUUGGCCGGAGGAGCAGGAUUGAGGCUGCAGCCAAUCACCAUCGGAGAAUUGUCAGAGGGGCGGUGCUGCAGCCUCUGCCGGGUCCCCUCGUGAUAGGUAGAGGCGCGCUCACAAGGCAAGCGGCACUGCUGAGGGCCUCCAAUAUCCGAUUUCUUGUACUCCUACCACGACCUCCCUAGCACCUGGGGAUUGAGCCUGUGAAGUCAUCUUCUCCUUGGGUGUCUUCUGCUUCAUGGUGCGGGAGCCACUCAGGGAGUGGUGGGGGAGGGAUGCGCCAUUGAGCCACUCUUGCCUCUCUCUGACCUUGUCUGCCUCUCGCCCCCGGGGAGAUUAGUGUCCAGGUUACCCCACCAUGCUGCCACCCCCGGUGGCCUUGCCGCCCCCACAGCCUGCAGGUAUAAGACCAGGUAAACACAGGAGGGGAGGCACCAAGGAUGGAGAUGCUCCAGGGACUGCUGCUGUGGCUGCUGCUGGGCGUGGCCGGGGUGUGGGCUUCCAGGGGGCCAUUGAGGCCGCUGUGCCAGCCCAUCAACGCCACCCUGGCGGCUGAGAAGGAGGCCUGCCCUGUCUGUAUCACUUUCACCACCAGCAUCUGCGCCGGCUACUGCCCCAGCAUGCGGGUGCUGCCUGUCAUCCUGCCGCCCAUGCCCCAGCGGGUGUGCACCUACCAUGAGCUGCGCUUCGCCUCCGUUCGGCUCCCCGGCUGCCCACCUGGAGUGGACCCAAUGGUCUCCUUCCCCGUGGCCCUCAGCUGUCACUGUGGGCCCUGCCGCCUCAGCAGCACUGACUGCGGGGGUCCCAGAACCCAACCCUUGGCCUGUGACCACCCCCCGCUCCCAGACAUCCUCUUCCUCUAAGGAUGCCCCACUCCAACCUCCCAUGCCCACCCUAACUCCGGAAGCCAGCAGACACUCCUCCCCUCCCUUCCCAAUAAAGACUUCUCAAACUGCA